AUGGCUGCAGACAUCAAAAUGCUUUUCUGCAUUGGACUGGCUUUUGUGCUAACAGGAGUGAGCAAGUCUGCCCUGAUUGGCAAGAGCCACAGCAGAGGUAAAGAUGAUCCUGUGCUGCAAUAUGUGGUCAACAACUCACUGAGGGAGCAUCCAGUCCUCACCAAACUCAAGCUGAGAACUCUUGAGGACACAUGGAGCAUCAUGCUUGUUGCCAUUGAGCAAGCCCAGUUAAUGGCCAAUCUUAUUAAACUGAUCAACGGCACUAAGGCUAUUGAAAUAGGGAUGUACACGGGGUACAAUGCACUGAGCAUGGCAUUGGCCAUGCCAGAGAAUGGACAAGUAGUAGCUUGUGAAAUAGAAGACGCCUAUGUGGAGAUUGCCAAACCAUUUUUUAAAGAGGCCGGAGUUGAAAAUAAGAUAGAUGUCCAAGUUCAACCAGCUUUGACAACACUGGAUAACCUGAUAGCGGCUGGAGAGGCUGGGACAUAUGACUUUGUGUUCAUUGAUGCUGAUAAAUUGAACUAUGAUGGAUAUUAUGAGAAGUCACUUGAGCUCAUAAGACCAAGGGGCAUUAUUGCAAUUGAUAAUGUGCUGUGGAGUGGUCGAGUUGUGAACCCUGCUGAUGAUGACCUGACCUCCAAGGCUCUGGAUGCACUCAACAAGAAGCUGCACAAGGACGAGAGGAUUGACCUGAGCAUGCUCACUGUGGGUGAUGGGCUGACCCUGGCCAUUAAGCGCUAA